AUGCAUCGACAGGAAGGUGACGGGCAGAUAAGACUUGAUGACCGAGAUCCAACCCUGGUCAAGAAGGCGCUUGAAUUUCUCUACACGGGCAACUAUACCUACGAACCACAAGAAUAUCCGGAGAUGGAACCGCUGUCCGAAGGAGAGAUCGAACAUUUCGCAGAGGUUGAGGGACAAACAAGCAUGGCAACUCCACGAACCGGGAAGGCUUACUUCCAUGCGCAGAUGUACGCUCAGGGCGACUACUUCCAAAUUGAUGCUCUCAAGUGCAAGGCGAAGGAGUACUUCAAGGAGUCCGUGAGGUACCCAACUCGAGAUUCAUUCACGUCCGCUGUCAUUGAAGUGUACAAUUCCACAGCGGAGAAUGAUCGGGGACUCAGGGAUCUUGUCGUGCAACUUACAACCAGUAACCUGGCACGUCUGAGAAGGGCGGAGGAUCCUAUACUGGACAGCAAGCUCUUGGACCGUGUUCCCAGUUUCAUGCGUGAUAUUUGUCUCUCUGCGGUGGAGAGGUGUGCUCAGCUUCAGAGAGACUACGGAGACUGGCGCUGCUAG